AGACGCAUUUCCUGUAGGGAUAUAACGGUGUUAAUAAAAGCGCAUAUAGGCCGUUUAUAAAAAAGAAAAUUUAUGGCAAAAUUUGCCUGUCAUAGAAACAAUUAUUAGAAUAAGGAUAAAGGUGACGAUGCAGAUCAAACGUUUCAUCGUUAUUUUAAUCUUGUUGAAGUUCGAUGUUAUCUCUGAUGGUUUCCUGCUACACGGCUCUGCUGGUCCUCUAACAGCCCGGCUGGGAGGAGCUGUACUGCUGCCCUGCUUUGUGGACAGACCCCUGCCUUUGGAGGAGGUGGAGGUGGACUGGAGAAGGACUGAUUCAGACACCAUCGUGCACCUAUUCCAGGGGGGUCAGAGCAGACCUGGAUCACAGGGGGAUGCCUACAGGGGCAGAGCCCACUUCUUCUCUCAGGAAAUCCCCAAAGGCAACUUCUCUCUGCUGCUUGACGGUGUGAGGACUGCAGAUGCAGGAGAGUACAAGUGUGUGGUUUAUACAGAGCAGGAGCAACGUGAAACACGGGUGGAAAUACAGGAAGCAGAGUGGCUGGUGGUGACGGGUGCAGAUGAGCCUGUCUAUGCACAUGCUGGAGAGGAUGUGACUCUCAGCUGCUUUGUGGAGACCCAUGUUAAUAUGACAGAGCUUCAGGUGGAAUGGAAAAAGACAGACGAUGAUGGUGACAUCUUGGUGCUGCUGUAUGCUGAUGGAGAGAACAGACCAGAAUCACAGGAUGAGAGAUACUCUGGAAGAGCUGAAUUCUUCACUGAGGAAAUUACCAAAGGAAAUUUCUCAAUGAAACUGAGGAAAGUCAGGACUGAAGACAAAGGAGAGUUCAGGUGUGAAGUCCACUCAGAUACUGAUUCUAACAAUACAACUGCCAGGAUAGCAGCACUGGGUGAGUCACUGGAAGGACUGGUUUUAACAUGCAUCUCAGCAUAGUUCUGUGUGAUUAAAUCACAUUUUCAUUCCCCUGAGGGUCAGUGGCUCUGCUGUACACUGAUCGUUAUGCAAAUGCCAUAGGGUUUAAUCUGCUCAGUGUAACAGUAGAAAUGGUGAAAUUUAGCGCAGU